AUGACAACAGAAGUUAGCUUUAAAGCAAUAGCCAUAGUGGCACAACCAAGUGCGAUAGUGACGAAAGAUAUUGAUGACACUACAAAAGCAAAGCCUAUUGGUAUUCGUGGAGGCGGAGCAUGUCUAGAUUGUCUUGCUGGCAUAUGUGUGUGUUGUGCAAUCGAAGAAAUUUGUUGCUGCUGUGCACUUGAAGAAUGUUGUUAA